AUGACUGCUACUAAGAUCAAGGUGAUUCCCAACCCGCGCUACCAGAAGUCGGGCACCAAGUCGUAUGUGCAUUUGAUGCGAAAGUAUGGCUUCCACCCAACUAAGGAAGGCCCUUAUACCAUCGGCACGAUGAUGCAGCAGACUGGACGCCAGUACACUGAUAAGCCUAUUGGGGGCCGGGUUCAUGCUCGUCAAGUCCUGCAGAAAAAGAGUGCCGAUGCCAGCCAGACUGGAGAGGUUGGCGCCGACGAUGUGCAGAAUGAUUCCAUGUAUCUGGCUCAGAUCGGUAUUGGUACCCCUGCACAGAAUCUGAACCUUGAUUUUGACACUGGAUCUGCGGAUCUAUGGGUCUGGUCAACAAAGUUGCCAUCUGCCACGCUGUCCGAGAAUAAGAAUCAUACAGUCUUUGACUCCAGCAAGUCGACCUCAUUCAAGAACAAAGAUGGUUUCACAUGGAAGAUUUCUUAUGGAGACGGGUCCUCCGCCUCUGGUACAGUUGGCAACGACGAUGUUAACAUCGGUGGUGUCGUUGUCAAGGGCCAGGCCAUCGAACUAGCGGACACUCUGUCUGCACAAUUUUCCAGUGGCGCCGGUGACGGUCUACUUGGCCUAGCCUUUGGCAACAUCAACACAGUCCAACCUACCGCUGUGAAGACACCUGUCGAGAAUAUGAUUUCGCAAGCGGAUAUUCCAAAGACCGCAGAGCUAUUCACGGCAAAGCUGGGAUCCUGGCGUGAUACGGAUGAGCCUGACAAGGGCGAGUCCUUCUACACCUUUGGAUACAUUGACCAGGAUACCGUGAAAGACUCGGGCGAAGAUAUCUACUAUACGCCCGUUGACAAGAGCCAGGGAUUUUGGAUGUUCGACUCGACAUCGGCCACUGUAAACGGCAAAUCGAUUGCUCGUGCAGGUAACAAGGCUAUCGCUGAUACCGGUACCACUUUGGCUCUCGUUGAUGAUAGCACGUGCAAAGCGAUCUACGAUGCGAUUGAAGGAGCGUACUAUGACAAUGACAGCCAGGGCUACAUCUACCCAACCAACACGGCUUUGGAUAAGUUGCCGGUUGUAUCCUUUGCGGUUGGCGAUAAACAAUUCGUCGUUCAAAAGGAGGACUUGGGCUUUGCGGCGGCCAAAUCGGGGUAUAUUUAUGGUGGCAUUCAGAGCCGAGGUUCUAUGGACAUGGAUAUUCUAGGUGAUACCUUCUUGAAGGGAAUCUAUGCUGUAUUCGAUGUUGGCAACACGCGCUUCGGUGCUGUGCAACGAAAGGAGCUUCACCAGAACCUGUCUGCGCCACCUCAGUAG